CAACACACUUACAUUCAAUGGGGUACCAAACCAUGAACUUACAUUGAAGACAAACACUCCAGUCAUGCUGCUGCGAAACCUGAACCCUGCUUUGGAUCUCUGCAACUGUACAAGGAUUAUGAUCACAAUGUUGUGUGGCAAUUUCAUAAAGGGAAACAUCAUGGGAGGUUCUUAUGACACUGACGAGGUCAUAAUUCCAAGAAUUGUUCUCAACGUAGAGAACUCCAAGUGGCCGUUUAUCCUCAAGAAGCGUCAGUUCCCAGUUCGCACGUCUUAUGCAAUGACGAUAAAUAAGAGCCAGGGACAGACACUUGACAAAGUCGGAAUCUAUUUGCCAGAACCAGUAUUUAGCCAUGGACAGCUAUAUGUGGGAGUUUCAAGAGUGAGAUCAGCAACAGGUUUGCGAAUGCUAAUAGAGAUCCAACAUAAAUUCCAGACAACUAUACAAGAAAUAUUGUGUUUGCAGAGGCAUUCAAUGAUAUCCUCACUACCUGAUCGUUCGGAGUAGGUUCUGCGCCUGCUAUACAUUGCAUGAAGGUAAUUCUCGAUGCUACAAAUGAUCGUAUUUAUCUAACCUAUGCAAGCUGCAACCAUAUUAGCUAAAAUUUCAUAGCUUUUGGGCAGAUCUGUCUGGUACAACUACCGCAACACAACUUGGAACUGAUUUGGGUGUGUCUUUUUGGUCUCUAUCAGAACCCUGGAACUUUCCAACUCAUUGGUUGUGAUUCAAAACUUCAACAAUAUUUCAACCUUUAUGUAGCGUUGCUUUUGCUAUUAAAUACAGUUGAUCAUCUUCAGUACAGUUUAAAAAAUAUUUGUGCUUCGUGUUUCAUGCUUCGUGUUUCAAACAAAGAAGAUGCUCAAUACCAUUAGAUCAUUGAUGUCUUGGGCUUGUUUCCGUAAGCCUGGAUUCCUAUGAUCUAAGUGUCUUCGGGCCUUCUCUACUUCGCAAAGUAACAUCCCUUUCUACAUUCUUAUGAGAAGCAAAUACAUUUAGGCCCAACCCAAAUGGUGCUUUAGGCCUACACAGAAAAGCCGGUUGUGAACCCACCCAAUUUCACCUCUCUAAUCGAACCUCCCCUUUAAAACCCUACCAUCCCUCACCAACCAGACCCGCUGUCCACAUCUUCAUCAACCCAUCUCCGCCACGGAAGCCCCACCACUGAUACUACCAGACAAUCUUUGAAACAAAGGUAAGUCCACGUCUCCCUCUUCUUCAGUCAUUGUUGGAGCUAAUCCAUGCAUUAAGAUUUUCUUGUUCGUUUUAGAACACAAGACAUUCAACAUACAUGUCUCAAGUGAUUCAAUUUUGAGUAUACUACUACUAUAUCACAACCUCCAAAAAGACGAAUCUCAUACCGUAAAUCUCUAACUCCAAACCAUCACGGUCAAUUUUAGAGUGAUAAUAUAUGGAACCAUAAAUUGAAUUCAGCCCUUCAUCUAGCUAGGGCCCAACUGUACUAAUAAGUAAUAACCAUCGUCAUCAUUUUUCUAGCCAGAAAAAGGGAAGAAGAAAAAACAAGACAUCAUUACUUCCCACUCGCCAAAAGGGGAAAUUACAAACUGCAUACAUCAAUAAAAGACAAGCAAAGCAUAUUUCUUAUAGAACCAAAAGAAAAUAUACAGUAGUACAAAGGCAAUUAACACGACAACUGCAACCAACCCUCCAUGCUUCUCACUGCUCAACCAGAAAGAUAGAACAUACCGAGCAUCGAAACUCUAUAUCACAUCUCCAAUUUCAUAAUGAAAUCAGAUUUCGUAA